AUGAUAUUUCACAUCAUAUUUCUGCUUUUUAUAAGCUUCAAGCUUAUUUCAGCUACAUUUUACUCUGAAGAAAAUUCAACUGACGUGUUCAGUUUAUAUAAAGAAAAAUAUAAUAAGGUUUACAAAACGCCAGAUGAAGAAAAAAUCCGACUAAAGUUAUUUGUCAGAAAUUUGAACACUGUUGAAAAACUUAAUGAGGAGACGACAGAUAAUAAUGCAUUUUUUGUACUAAAUCAGUACGCAGAUUUAGACCCUGAAGAAGUUGAAGAACAAUAUGCGAUUAGAGUGAAACCCUAUAAUAAUAUUUAUAAUAUUGAAGAUACACAAAUUGUUGCGAAACAAAAAACUAAAAAUGUUGAUACCUCAGUGCUUUACAACUUGGAUAAUGCAACAGAAUUGUACAAAGAUUUUCUCCAAAAAUUUGGAAAACAAAAUCACAAGAAACAAUAUGACUAUACAGCUCAUUUUUAUCGCUUUGUCAAGACGUUAGUUAAACUGAACAAACAUAAUUUCGAUGGUAAUGGAACUUUGACUCUUGAUGAAAAAGCAAAUGUUAUUAAGGAGCCUAAUGAGUAUUUUUAC